AUGGCGCCCCUCCUCGAAGACCCUCGAAUCCGGCAGACCUGGAAUCAGAUUUCGCAGAAUGCUGAGCAAGCGACUGAGACCGCUGCUGCCGGUAUCUGGACCUUCCAGCACAAUUACAUCAACCCUUGCUUUGCGUCAAUCGCGUCCGGCUUCGAGCAAUGCGCCGGACAGUGCUUCCCUGACCGCGACGAUCGAGCGAGGCGAUUGAGGGAAAGAGGGCGGACUAGAGGACGAGCGGAGCUAAGCUUCGAUUUCUAUGAUGAUUGGGAUGAGGAUGAUUCUGCGGCGAGUCGAGGCUUGUUGGGAGGCUGGGGAAACGACGAACUGGACAGGUUGCUAGCAGGCAGCGGAUCACAUAGUGGUGGGAGUGAAGGAAUUGAUCAGCAGCCGAGGAGGAAGAGAAAGAUGAGUUAUGGCACUAAUAGGGCAAGGCGGAAGAGUCUGGAGCCCGAUCCGACUGUCAUACCUAGUACAAGCGCUUUGGGAUUCUUGGGACGGCUGCCGUUCAAGCUGGGAGGGACAUUGAGAUAUAAACCAAGUGCUGCAGAUCUGCAGGAGCAUCCUGGAGCGUCGCGUGCGGAAAUUAGAGAAGAAGAGGAAGGGGAGCCGCUCAUUUCCGAUGAGCACAGUGAGGAUGAGAGAUACAACCAAAAAGGACAUAAGAGAAACCGAAGUUCGACUACCAGCUCUGGCGAAACAUCAGACUCUUUCAGAUCGAGAGGAGACCUCUUUCCAAGCGAUGGAGAAGAUGAUGCAGUUCCAUUGAGUGAUGAAUUCGCCAUGGUCCUGGAGAGGAGGAUGACCGUAAAUACCGACGAUAGAAGCAGUGGGAAGACGAGGAGUAGCAAAGGCAAGAGACCUGCUGUAUCCAGGAACAUUUCGAGGAAUCUAUCGAGGACCACCCAAUCAUCGAACUCGAGACCUUCUCUAUCUGGUCGUCGUGUCAGUUCGGGAGCAUCGAUAGCUCAAACUCCGGAUAUACUCAGCCCGCAUAUGGCAGAGACACCAUCCUUAACAGACUUGCAACAGGAGGAGGAGAGAGUUAGGCAUGAAGAGGAACUCGAAGUGGAAAGAAAGAGGCUGGCAGCUGUCAAAUUGGCAGUUGAAAGAGGACUUCAUGCUGGAGAUUCGGCUGAGGUGCCUGUUUCAGAGACAAAGCAAGAAUCACUUGUCGUUGAUGACAUACCUCCUCUGCCACAAUCAGAAGAAGAAACCGGUGAAGCGAACGCUGCAGCUGCUGAGGCCGCAGAUCCCACUGUUGGCUCUUCUGCUCCAACAAGCUCUCGAUCAAUGGAGACCACCAAAUCGCUGGAGCCUUCGAAGCAUACCUUCGUACCAGCAAGGUUACCAUUUUUCAGUUGAGGUUAGCCCUCAACACAUUUCUUUAGCUAUUAUUGCCCCCUUCU